AUGCCCGACUUCCCCGAGAUCGAUACAGCGCUAGCCUCUAUAGAGGCCAGCCCUCAAGUCCUCCAGGUUCUUCGCGACUUACAUACACAGGCCCUUUCCGAAACCCCAUUUUUAGGUGGGAAUGGGCCGACAACAGGAGCUUUAGACAAGUUUGUAGCUCUUGAUCCCGACAAGUGCGCAUUAGUCUACCUUCUUCUGCGAUCUACCCAGGCGCGCUUCGUUGUUGAAGCCGGGACAUCUUUUGGCUUGAGCACCAUAUAUCUCGCGUUGGCUGUAGGCCAGAAUGCCGGACUACAGGGCUCUGAUGGAAAGGUCAUCGCAACGGAGAACGAGCCUGUUAAGGCAGAUAAAGCCCGAGAGCAUUGGGAUGCCGCUGGAGGCGAGAUCGAUAGGUGGAUUGAACUAAGACAGGGCGAUCUUCGUGAAACUCUCAAGACGGAUUUGCCUGAGCAAAUUGACUUCCUACUGCUAGACAUCUGGACUCCCCUAGCGCUACCAACCUUGGUCCUUGUGCACCCACGAUUAAAGGUUGGCGCGAUGGUCGUUGCUGACAACACUAUCAUAGCGGCGGAUGGAUACAAGGACUUGAUUAGCUACCUAGAAGACCCUGCCAACGGAUUUAAGAUGACAACAGCCCCUUAUUCUGGGGGUCUUCUCAUUGCGGUAUACGUCGGGAAGAGAAAUUCGUAA